GGCGGGGAAGCGGGCCGGGAUGUGCGAGGCGGCGGCGGCGGACGGCGGCGGCUGCGGGGAGCUCCGGGCACCGGCGCGGCGGCGCCGGGCCCCGGCACGCAGCCACCCGCAGCCCUGCGUGAAGUGCGGGCAGGGCUCUGCCGCCCUCCUCAUCCGCCUCGGGGACGCCUUCUGCCGCGGCUGCUUCCGCCAGUACUUUGUGCACAAAUUCCGUGCAAUGCUGGGCAAGAACCGCGUCAUCUUCCCGGGAGAGAAGGUGCUGCUGGCGCUGUCGGGGGGACCGGCCUCCAGCGCCAUGGUCCAGCAGGUCCAGGAGGGGCUCAGCCGGGAGACAGCCAAGAGGCUCCGCUUUGUUCCUGGCCUCAUCUACGUUGAUGAGGGAUCGGUGCGUGGGCAGAGCCCGGCACAGCGGGAGCAGAGCCUGGCCCACAUGGAGACCCUGCUGCAGGAGACUGGCUUCCCCUACCACCUGGCCUACCUGGAGCAGGCGUUGGAGCUGCCAGCAUCCAUCCUGCGGCCGGGACCUGAGCAGUCCAGCGAGUCUGGCCCUUCCUAUAAGGAGGCUGUGGAUGGCUUCAUCCAGCAGCAGCAGUGGCAGGAAGGGGACAGGGAUGGUGGCACCUCCCUGCCCAGCACCCAAGACACCCCAGCGGGGCCCUCCCAGCGCCUGCCCCCCGCCACCCUCACCCAGGAGCUGCAGCGGCUCUUUGAGGCCGUGGAGACACCGACAGCGAGAGAGGAGCUGCUGCAGAUGCUGCGGCUCCACCUGAUCCUGCAGACAGCCCGGACCAGGGGCUACACCAAGGUGAUGACGGGCGAGAGCUGCACCCGCGUGGCCAUCAAGCUCCUCACCAACCUGUCGCUGGGGCGCGGCGCCUUCCUCGCCGUCGACACGGGCUUCGUGGACAACCGCCACGGCGACGUGAUGGUGGUGCGUCCCAUGCGGGAGUACACGGCCAAGGAGAUCGCCUUCUACAACCACUUCUUCCAUGUCCCCACUGUCAUCGCGCCACCCCUCCCCACCAAGCGCCGGGAGAAGCCCAGCAUCCACCGCCUGAUCGAGCGCUUCCUGAUGGGGCUGCAGGAGGAUUUUCCCUCCACCAUCAGCACAGUCUACCGGACAGGUGAGAAGCUGAGCCCAGCUCCAGCCAUAGCGAGCUGUGAGUCCGAGCGGUGCCUGCUCUGCCUGUGCGCCCUGGACAUCGCCGGGGAGGAGGAGUUGGCCCUGGAGCCCACACUGAUCAUGGAUGAGCCAGAGUUUGUGGAGAAUGGGUGCUGCCAGGAUGCCCCGUUAGCAGGGACUGAGAGCAAGGCCGCCUUCAUCCCGCUGCUGUGCUACAGCUGCCGUCUCACCUUCAAGGAGCUGGGUCCCCUCGCCACGCUGCCGCCCUACGUGCGUGCUGAGGCCCAGCGCAGGAUCUGCAGAACAGAGGAGAUGAAGCAGCAGAGCCAGGAGGCCCCGCCAGAGGACAAGGAGCACAGCAAGAACUGAAGGGGCUGGGGACAGUGGGGGACACAGACCCCAGACACUCUGGACCAGAGCCCCUGGGUAUCCAUUGGCACCCAGGCAGCUGCUUUUACACCCCAUUUUGGUUACAGCUGGGGGGGCAGGGAGAACCCCCCCAGCCCAAAUUUGGCAGAAGCCAGGGGUGCUGGUACCCCCAGGGUAGCAGGUCCCCUGUCUCACCCCUCUUCCUCCUCCUUACCCCAGCCCUGCAGCAGCCAGGGAGGCCUCAACUUGGUUUUAUUAGGUAUCUGUAUAAAUAAAACAUUUGCAUUAACAAUUAAAAAAAAAAACAAAAAAAACCAAAAUAAAAACAACAACAAAAAAAAACCCCAGAACAACAAAACCAAA